UUCACCGAAACAUCACAGGGGAGGAGGAUCUUCCCUCCCUCCGUUCAGCCAGCGAGUCCCUCCCGAGGAAGCGACACUCACUCCGGAGGACGCAGCGGCCGAGGACACGGAUCUCCCGCUAUAGCCACAGGAUGCUCUGGACCAGAAUGGAGCUGCCAUGUUGGUGUUUAUUGCUGCUGAGCAGCCUGCAGUCGCUCUCGGCCAACAACGAUUUCUUCACCUCCAUAGGCCAGAUGACAGAUCUGCUGUACACUGAAAAAGACCUGGUGACGUCUCUGAAGGAUUACAUCAGAGCGGAGGAGAACAAACUGGAGCGGCUCAAGCGGUGGGCUGACAAGUUGGAUUCCUUGACAGCAACAGCCACGCAGGACCCCGAGGGUUUUUUGGGCCACCCUGUCAAUGCCUUCAAACUGAUGAAGAGGCUGAACACAGAGUGGGGGGACCUGGAGAGUCUUGUACUUAGCGACACCACAGAUGGAUUCAUCUCCAACCUGACCAUCCAAAGGCAACACUUUCCCACAGAGGAGGACCAGACCGGGGCUGCUAAAGCUCUCCUCCGCUUACAAGACACCUACAAUCUCGACGCCAACACAAUCUCUACAGGAAACCUGCCUGGAGUAAAGCACAAGAGCCAGAUGACAGUGGAGGACUGUUACGAGCUGGGUAAGAUAGCCUACUCGGACGCUGAUUACUACCACACCGAGCUGUGGAUGGCCCAGGCCCUGAAACAGCUCGACGAGGGAGAGGAGUCCACCAUCGACAAGGUGACGGUGCUGGACUACCUGAGUUACUCCAUCUACCAGCAGGGGGAGAUAGAGCGAGCGCUGAAGUACACCUUGAGGCUGCUUGAACUGGACCCAGAGCACCAGCGAGCCAAGGGCAACGUGAAGUACUUUGAGUUCCAGCUGGAGAAGCAGCAAAAAGCGGCAGAGGAAAAAAAAGCUCAGAAACAAGAGGAGCCCGGAGCGAGAGAUACGACCGAAAAGGAGGAGGAGAAGAAGAAGAAGAAGUCGAAACAAGCUUUCUCUCUGAUCCCAGAGAGGAGGAAGUAUGAGAUGCUCUGUCGAGGGGAGGGCAUUCGGAUGACCCCGCGCAGGCAGAGCCGGCUGUUCUGUCGCUAUUACGACAACAACCGCCACCCCAAGUACCUGCUUGCCCCCGUCAAACAGCAGGACGAGUGGGACCGCCCCUACAUCGUUCGCUACCUUGACGUCAUCUCGGACGCAGAAAUCGAGAAAGUCAAGCAGCUGGCCAAACCUCGACUAAGGCGAGCCACGGUGCAUGACCCUCAAACUGGGAAACUUACCACAGCCCAAUACAGAGUCUCCAAGAGUGCUUGGCUCACCGGCUAUGAAGAUCCUGUGAUCGAAAGGAUCAACGAGAGGAUUGAGGACAUCACAGGCCUUGAAAUGGACACAGCAGAAGAACUUCAGGUUGCAAAUUAUGGUGUUGGAGGCCAGUAUGAACCUCACUUUGACUUCGGAAGGAAAGAUGAACCAGACGCCUUUAAGGAACUGGGAACUGGGAAUCGUAUCGCAACAUGGCUCUUCUAUAUGAGUGACGUGACUGCAGGGGGCGCCACCGUAUUCCCUGACGUAGGUGCAGCAGUCUGGCCUCAAAAGGGCACGGCUGUGUUCUGGUACAAUCUGUUUGCCAGCGGGGAAGGAGACUACAGCACACGACACGCAGCCUGUCCAGUGCUGGUGGGCAACAAGUGGGUAUCAAACAAGUGGAUCCAUGAACGAGGCCAGGAGUGGCGGCGACCCUGCGCUCUGAACGAAACUGAAUGAUGUAAAAGAACAAACAAGAACAAGCACAAGAACGACCUUUCCUGUCAGAUCCCUUACCCCACUCCCGUCUCUUGUUAACCACCGAGGACCAGAGAACACCGCAGCACAUCACAGAAACGGCUCCCUUUCCUCCCUCCCCUGUCCGACUGUCCCCCUUUUUUCCUCCCCGCCUGUUUUCUGUCUGUGAGCCCAGAGAUGCUUGUGAUAUCAUUGGAACCCCCCCGGACAGCCUCUGCGUCGCUGUGACAGCUAGCAUGUUCUUAGGGUUGUCGGAUUGGCUUGGAGAAAACGCCUGAGCUUUGUUCACUCCCACGAACGAGUCUGGCUCUGCACUCUGAGUGAACUCCAGCCCCACGGCGAGGUUAUCCUUCGGUUUGUGACUGCAGGGAGCAGCUUCCCCCCUCUUUAAAGUGAACUGUAGACUUUUGUUUUCUUCACGUUUUUAUGUGGUCUGUUUGAAUUAUUUUCUUUUGAUUGAUGUGAUCCUUGGCCCUUAAGAGACUUUGGAAAAUGUUACAUUUCAAACAGCUGUAAAAUGUUUUUUUUAGUGAUCUUUUUUAUUGCUGUUUCCAACUGUUUUUUUUGUUGUUUUUAUUCGCCGGACAUUAUCAGGUACAUAGGACCAUAAAACUGCAGUGGGUUCACUGAAUUUUAUUGUUUUUUUUGCAUCUCUAAUAUAUGAAAACUUUUAUUGUCUCACAGAGUUUGUAAUUAAAAACCUAAGAUGGUGCACGGCCAAACAAAGAUCCCCUGUAACACGUGUUACAUGGAGUAUUCAGAGCAUCUUUUUGCUAAAUCUAUGCAAUAAAUCCUAACAUAUCACACAUAUUGACAUUUGCCGCGCUUUUCCCCUGGUGUUUACACUGGUGUCAUUCUAGAAGUCAUAGCUGGCAAAAUGUGUUAAAAGCAUUGAAAGGUCUCAUCGAAAGGCACUCCAGUGUGGUCUAAUGUACUAUUUUGAUAAGUUCAAGUUGGAGUCGGGUCGCCCUUUAUAAUAUUUGAUGUAAAAUGAAUUAUUAUCAGCUGCUAUUCAGUAAAUAGCAGCAACAGAACAAGCACGAACCAUGAAAGCCUUAAAUGAUAUUUUCUUUUUGUUUUAUCAGUGAUUGAUGGCACUAAGUCUGAAAAUAUCUGGAUUUUCCACAUUUAUUUAUAUGUCCCAAGUCAACUUCUAAAUGUCUUUUCUGUAAUAAAGACCUUUUUAUUGAAUGAAAAAUAGUUUGGUACCUGCAUUUUGUUGAAGGUAGAGCAACAUGAUAUAACCAUAUGGUAAAAUGGCAGUUUUUGAUAUGUUUGUAAUUUCCCUAGGACCCUGGAGGCACAAAAAAAAA